AUGCUUGAAUUUGAAAUACAAUAUAAAAAUAAGCCUCAAUACUUACCAGUAGAGCCUCCCCAACAAGAUAAACGCGUCAGACCGCCAGUUCCAAAGCUAACUUUUGAAAGUUUAAAAAAUAAUGGAGAUGGUACAUUAAAUUCAGCUCGUGUAUAUGGACCUAAAGCACCACAAAGUACUAAUCCAAGAUUUUCGCAUGCUCCAAGAACUGCAAGAAAACCCGCCAUUUCUCCAAUCAUCCCUAAUGCACCAAUCACACCAGAAGAGGCAAAAGCAAGUUAUUCUUCAAUGCUGACAACGUACGAAUUAUCCGAAAUUCAUAAUUUUCCGGAAAUUUAUUAUCUAGGAAUACCUUCUAAAAAAAUACGGGUAAAGCCAACACCUGGCUCAAAUAAUUACGGAUUCGAUGAUUCAAAUCAUCAUUAUAAAGCAAUUGUUGGAGAUCAUUUAGCUUAUCGCUUUGAAAUUCGUGCAGUUUUUGGUAAAGGCGCAUUUGGACAGGUUCUCAGAUGUUUUGAUCAUAAAACGAAGCAGCAAGUAGCAAUAAAGCUUGUUAUCAAUACUGAACAAAUGCAUAAGCAAGGAAAGAUCGAAGUUGCUAUCAUUCAGCGUUUAAACGAUCUCGAUCCAGAUAGGACAAGUGAUAUAGUACGCACAUUCGAUGCUUUUAUUUGGAGACAACACAUUGCUGUUUCGUUUGAAAUUCUCGGAAUGAAUUUAUACGAGUACAGUAGAUCGAUUCGUUUCCAACCUAUGACAUUGCAUCAAAUACAUGCAAUUGCUAAACACAUCCUCACGGGUUUAGCUUUUUGCCAUAAAAAUAAAAUUGUUCAUUGCGAUAUGAAACCAGAAAACGUUCUUUUGACUCAAAACUCAACAAUGAACUGCCGAAUCAUCGAUUUCGGAUCAUCAUGCUUUAUCGGACAUCAAAAAUACGAAUAUAUUCAGAGCAGGUUUUAUCGUGCUCCUGAAGUCAUUUUAGGCAUCAAAUACGGGCCACCAAUGGACAUUUGGUCAUUCGCUUGUAUUAUCAUAGAGAUGAUGAUAGGAAGGCCAAUUUUCCCAGGUGAAAACGAGCACGAGCAAUUAGAGAUGAUCAUGGAAAUUCUUGGAGUUCCUCCUCUUUCGAUCAUCAACCAAGCGAAAAGAAAGAAUGAAUUCUUUUCACAUGACGGCAAACCAUUAUUGAGAAACAGAAGAAAGAAACUUAGAAUGCCAGGCCAAUCAAAUUUGAGAGCGGCGACUAAGUUCCAUGACCCAGUUUUCAUUGAUUUCUUGCAAAAAUGUUUAGAAUGGGAUCACGAUAAAAGAAUUACUGCUGAACAGGCGUUGAAUCAUCAAUGGUUCUCUGUCGUUAAAACAGUCAAGCCAGGAUCAAGGUCUAACUCUGCUAGACCAAAAUCAGGAAAAUCACUUCCUGGAAUUAAUUCAAGAAAUAGAUUUUAUUAA